CCCGUUUCUGCCCCAAAGCCAUCUUUCUGCUUUUUGGUUUUGUUCUGAGAUACCCCGUUGCUUCUACACACAUACAUCCUUCACAAUGGCACCAGGCGCAAUCUUCGAGACGCCCAAUGUGGCUGAGGACUUCAACAACCACCGCGAUGGCCUUGCCCUUGAGGCGACGUCCGACGCCAUUGAUGACGUAAACGUCCUCAAGGCCGCGCUCAAGGCAAAGAACAGCAGCACUGCGACAGAGGAGGAAAAGGACAUCUACGAGCAGUCACAAUUCGACGCCGACAAGGACAAGACACAGUUCCGUCAGUACGAGGAGGCCUGUGACCGCGUCAAGAACUUCUACCGCGAGCAGCACGAGAAGCAGACGGUGGCCUACAACCUCAAGGCCCGCAACUCGUUCCACAGCAAGACGCGUGCCGAGAUGACCGUCUGGGAAGCCAUGGAGAAACUCAACACACUGAUUGACGAGUCGGACCCCGACACCUCGCUCUCGCAGAUCGAGCACCUUCUCCAGUCGGCCGAGGCCAUCCGCCGCGACGGCAAGCCGCGCUGGUUCCAGCUCGUGGGUCUGAUCCACGACCUCGGCAAGCUGCUCUUCUUCUACGAGGCCCAGGGCCAGUGGGACGUAGUGGGCGACACGUUCCCCGUAGGCUGCGCCUUCUCAGACCGCAUCAUCUACCCCGACACAUUCAAGAACAACCCAGACUACAACGACGCCAUCUACAGCACCGAGCACGGCAUCUACACGCCCGGCUGCGGCAUGGACAACGUCAUGCUGUCGUGGGGCCACGACGAAUACCUCUACCACAUCAUGAAGGACCAGUCGACCCUCCCCGACGAGGGCCUCGCCAUGAUCCGCUACCACUCCUUCUACCCCUGGCACUCCCAGGGCGCCUACAAGUGGAUGAUGAACGAAAAGGACCACCGCAUGCUCGACGCCGUCAAGGCUUUCAACCCGUACGACCUCUACAGCAAGAGCGACGAGGUCCCCAAGGUCGAGGACCUAAAGGACUACUACCUCGACAUCAUCGACGAGUUCAUCGGCAAGGACAAGAAGAUCAAGUGGUAAAAAAAAAGAGAGACAUUGUAAUGAACGUGGGUGCGCGUGCGGCUGUGCCCGGCUACACCCGCUUUCCUUCCCGUGACGAAUUUCC